AUGAAGUCUCUCACUCUCCUGUCGCUGGCUGCUCUACCAAGCAUGGUCUUUGCACAUGACUUUAUGGUCAGACGCAAAGGAACCGAGGUCAACAUCGCUGCUCGUCAUGAUCAUGCUUCAAUUCAGUCCGAGGGACUCGAGAAGCGAGCCUCUUGUGGAAAGGAUAGUGGCUCUUGUCCCAAAGGACAAUGCUGCUCUGCCGCUGGCUACUGUGGCACCACUUCGCCUUAUUGCUCCUCACCUCAAUGCCAAAUGGACUAUAGCAACGGCAACUGUGACGGAAGCAAGAAGCCCAAGGGUGAUACCACAGCAAACAUUCCCAGAUCGACCAAUGGCAAGGUCCCUUAUAAUGUGUAUAUCACCAACUGCACUACUCCGGGAACUUUCGCCCUGACCUUUGAUGACGGCCCUUACAAGUACACUGACCAAGUUUUGGAUGUUCUCAAGCAGAACAACAUCAAAGCUACAUUCUUCAUCACUGGUACCAACCUUGGUAAGGGUCAGAUUGAUGAUGAGACUACAGGCUGGCCCAAGAUCCUCCGCAGGAUGCACAAGGAAGGCCAUCAGCUCGCCUCGCACACCUGGUCACACCAGGAUCUCACUGCCUCAAGUGACGAGGUCCGCCAGCAGCAGAUCAUCUACAACGAGAUGGCCUUCCGUAACAUCUUCGGGUUCUUCCCCAAGUACCUCCGUCCCCCGUACGGAACCUGCAACCGAGUCUCCGGCUGCCUUGACUAUGCAACCAAGCUUGGUUAUCAUGUUAUCAACUGGAACCUCGACACCAAGGACUUUGAGAACAACACCCCCGAAAAGAUACAGACUAGCAAGAACACCUUCUCUAACGGUGUUUCUACUAAUGCCAAGGCCAAUGCUUAUAUCGAGCUGAGCCAUGAUGUCCAGGAGCAAACUGCCUACAAUCUUACUGCUUUCAUGAUCAAGACAAUCAAGGAAAGGGGAUACAAGGCUGUUCCCGUCGGAGAGUGUCUGGGAGAUGCCCGUGAGAACUGGUAUGUCACUGAUCCUAACUUCAAGACUUCAGUGCCUGUAUACACACUGAUGUUCUCAACAGCUUCCUCUCCGACCACCGCGGCCUCUUCUACUACUAAGGAUGGCACAUGCGGUGCUAAGAAUGGGGGCACAAAGUGCACCGGAUCCAAGUGGGGAGACUGUUGCUCCUACAACAACUUCUGCGGCUCAACAUCCGGAUACUGUGACGGCGGUUGUCAAUCUGACUUUGGAAAGUGCAACAAGUGGACUACUGGAAGUGCUCUCAUUGUCUCGGCCAAUGGUCUUUGCGGUGACAAGUAUCACCAGACUUGUAAGGGCUCUACAUACGGAGACUGCUGCUCCAAGAGCGGAAACUGUGGUAAGACGAGCGCAUAUUGUGGCACUGGGUGCCAGAGUGGCUUCGGAACUUGCACCUCUUCUAAGUGA